CCGGCAAUAAAUCCCGACGGGCCGCCGUCAGGUGCCGGCUGAGGGUUGUCAGUGCGCCAGGUGGGGCCCGGACCGUCGGCGCGCCAGGAGAGCUAUGCCAUUUUUGGGCCAGGACUGGAGAUCUCCUGGAUGGAGCUGGAUUAAAACAGAGGACGGCUGGAAAAGAUGUGAACCCUGGAGUAAGGGACUUGAAGGAGAGAAUAACCGGUGUGGCGCCAGCCACGGCACUAUCUUAAAUAGUGAAGAUGAAGAAAUAUUCAAUAAUGAAGAGCAUGAAUAUGCAUCCAAAAAAAGGAAAAAGGACCAUUUUAGAAAUGACAGAAAUACUCAGUGUUUUUAUCGUGAAAAAUGGAUCUAUGUCCAUAAAGAAAGCACAAGAGAAACCUGUGUCCACAUUCUAAGAGGUGAAAGCAUAAGAGGGUCGUUGAGACAGUGUUUCGUGUGUGUGGUGUAUGUCAAUGCCCCGUACGAAUCUGAAUCAGCAGAGGGCUGUUUCAGAAGAAGUGUGGACCCCCAGAGGCACGGCUACUGCACUUUGGGAGAAGCUUUUAACCGCUUAGACUUCUUCAGUGCGGUCCAGGACGCCCGGAGGUUCACUUACGUGGCCAGACUGUUGCAGCUGAUCGCAAAGUCCCAGCUGACCUCGCUGAGCGGUGUGGCCCAGAAGAACUACUUCAACGUUCUGGAUAAAAUCGUUCAGAAAGUUCUCGAUGACCACCAAAACCCUCGCCUAAUCAAAGAUCUUCUCCAAGACCUAAGCUCUACCCUUUGCAUUCUGAUUAGAGGAGUGGGGAAGUCCGUUCUGGUGGGAAAUAUCAACAUUUGGGUUUGCCGGUUAGAAACUAUUCUCAACUGGCAACAGCAGCUACAGAAUCUUCAGAUGACUGAGGUAUGCAUUUCUUCGCCUACAAUUUCAUCAAGAAAAAUGUUGACCCUGUUGACUAAACAGGUGGACAGCGGCCUGACGCUCAGCGACCUUCCUGUGCACAUGCUCAGCAACAUCCUGUACAGGUUCUCGGAUGGGUGGGACAUCGUCACUCUGGGUCAGGUGACCCCGACGCUGUCCGCGCUUAGCGAGGACCGGCGGCUGUGGAAGAAGCUCUGCCAGUACCACUUCGGCGAGAAGCAGUUUUGUAGACACUUGAUCCUUUCAGAAAAAGGUCAUAUCGAAUGGAAGUUGAUGUAUUUUGCGCUUCAGAAGCAUUACCCCACUAAGGAACAGUACGGAGACACGCUGCACUUUUGUCGGCACUGCAGCAUCCUCUUUUGGAAGAUUAUAUCCGUGGUAAUGUGGCUCUUUUUUAACUAUAACCCGUGGUUGUGGGGUGAGAGUCCCUGUGUCAACAGAGCUUUACCUCCUGUGCUGCAGGCGAGCAGGUCCUGCUGUCCCCACUCAUGACCAGCAGGAGGUCACGUUAUUGGUAAUUUGUUGUUUUGUAUUCUAGUGUAGCUUUUCCCACACGAUUAAAAAGAAGCAACGUGUUAACGUGGCUGCAGUGGCUGUUCUGUGGAACCUUGUUCCUCUGGGGCAGGGGCACCUCGCGCUCAUUCUCGCCGGUGCGCUGGCUGCAUUCCGCGGGUACGCGGGCGAAUCAGUCAGCGGGAUGACAGUACAUGGAGCGGAGCCCUUAUUGUGCGCCCUUGGUCCCAGUCACAGGGAUAGAAACGCACACCCGGGCAGGUGCCCGUGGAAAACACGUGAGGAGGCGUCUUCACGGCUGAGUCAGAGCAGAUGAGACCGUCUGGUUGCUGCUCUGAACUGACGCUCCUCCCCAGGGUUUUCUGUUCUCCUGAGCAGACCACUUUAUUCCAGAGAGAGACUGGGAGCGGUGGCGUUUCCUCCUGGGGCGGAAGUCUCUGCCCUUGCACGUGACGGGCGUUUCUCUAAGAAUGCCGUUGCAGAGUGUGGGAGCCCUGUCUCUGAAGUAGUGAACAGAGAAGCACCCUCCUUAGUCUCCCUGUUGUUGGUGUAAGAACGUGCUGCUGAGGCAUGGAGAAGCACGGAAGUUCUGGAUUUUUUAAAAUUGAGAGGUGAUUUUUUUAGGUCUCCAGAAGAAUUGGCCUGCAGAUUCUUUUGUUUAUGAAAAUUCAGAACAAGUGUCUCCUGCUGGUCUUUUGGCUCUGCAAUGUUCAGUCUUGCCUUCAAGGCUGAGCACCUCGAUGUCCAUGCGGCCUCAGGCCUCAGGGCCUGGCUCGGUCCACCCAUGGAGUCACAUUGCAGCUUUUUCUCCUAGAGGCCAUUCCAACUUUAUUCUGAAUCUGUGGGUGGAAAUUAAAAAAAAAAAAAAAAAAGGUGAGUCUCUGGAAUUUCUGGUGGAAA